AUGCUGCUGGCUGCAUUGCUGCUCCUUCUGUCCCACCCAGACCCCUGGUCUGCCCACGGGCACCCACUGUACAUGUACCUGCCCCCCAGCACCCUGCAAGUUCUGUCGGCCCAGGGCACAAAGGCCUUGCAGGCUGCUCAGAGGAGUGCCCAGUGGGCUGUGAAGCAAGAGACCACUGAGCUCCAGCUCAGGCUGCACCAGUGCCGAGGACCUGGACACCCCAGACCUCAAGCACCCCUCCUCCAGAACCCACCUGAGCCAGGGCCCUGUGGCGAAAGGCGGCCCAGCGCUGCCAAUGUGAGCAGGGCUCACGGCCGCAUCGUGGGGGGCAAUGCAGCUCCCCCCGGGCCUGCUCCCGGGCGGAGACACGGGUUUGCUAUGGGGUGUGUGUGCGCGGCUCCGGGACCUGGGCUCCAGGCGCGUGACUGCGCCCCUGUCCUCCUCCCAUCCCGGGCUACUCGAACCCGCAGUGCCUCGAAUGAGCUCCUGUGGACAGUGCUGCUGGCCGAGGGGCCCCAGGGGCAGCCGGCAGAGGAGCUGAUGGUGAACCGCAUCCUGCCCCACCCCAAGGUGAGGCCAGGGCCAGACGGGCCUGAGGCCUGGGCGGUGAGGGAGGCCCACGUGCCGCUGCUCAGCCCUGACACCUGCCAAAGGGCGCUGGGGCCCCAGCUGCGCCCCAGCUCUAUGCUCUGCGCCGGUUUCCUGGCCGGAGGCAUCGACUCGAGCCAGGGUGACUCUGGAGGCCCCCUAACCUGCUCUGAGCCUGGUCCCCGUCCCAGGGAGGUCCUCUUUGGAGUCACCUCCUGGGGGGAUGGCUGCGGGCGGCCAGGGAAGCCCGGGGUCUACACCCGCUUGGCUGUGUUCAAAGAUUGGCUCCAGGAGCAGAUGCGCGGUGAGCGGCCUCUUCCGUGUGUCCUUGCGGCUCCGUGUCCGCACCCCGUAGCCCCGCCGCGCCCCCCCCCACGGCUCCCCGCACCCUGCGUCUUCCCGGGACCCCAGGCUGCUGGAGUGCAGUUCCAGAAGCCAAAGCUGGAGCCCCGCGGGGAUACGAGCGGCUUCCCUGGCCUGGAGCCCCUGCGACGGAAGUUGGCGGCCCUUCAGGGUUCCCAUGCCUGGAUCCUAUGGGUCCCUUCGGAGCAGCUGGCCAUGCACUUCCAGGAGGUGCUGGCUGACCUGAGCUCCAAGACGAUGUUGGGACUCUUCAGAGCGUGGGUGCGGGCAGGCCUGGGAGGCCGCCGGGUGGUCUUCAGCGGCCUGGUGGGCCUGGAGCCGGCCACGCUGGCCCGCAGCCUUCCUCCCCUGCUGGUGCAGGCCCUGCGAGCCUUCUGCUCAGCUGCCCUGGCAGAGGCAGAGCCCUCAGGGCCUGGGGUGGGGAGGAAGAGUGACAUCGUGGCCCAGCAGCCACAAGGGGGACCCACUGCUCCCGGAGGCUGAGAGGGCUGGGACCGUCCCGUGUGGGUGGGUGGCGGUCUUGUGUCUUCCCAGGGGCAUGAUCAAAGACUCGCGGCUGCUUUAAUA